ACUACAACUCCCGGAAUGCCCUUGCGGCGAGGUCCGGCGCUCCAGGUCCCUGGCCGAGCUCUCCCAUUGGUCAGGGGCUGCAGCGCGGGGUUUUCUGGUCGUGGUAGUUUCGCCUCGCCACGGCGCCGGCGUAGCGCUGAGAGGCUGCGAGGCUGCGCUGGGCGCACGGCUCGGGUCUCUUCCGUGGUGUGGGGCCUCCCCGAGCGGUCUAUCCGGAGCCCCCAGCCGGUGGGCGCCGGAGGGAGCGGGUGGGGCUGCUGGUGGCUGCUUGAGGAUCUCGGAGUCGGAAGAAGCGACGGCCGCGGGGCCCCUGGCCGACCGCCCCCCGGACCUUGGAACCCCACGCCGGAUAUUGUUGCCCACCUAGAACUCAGAAUAGACCAAUGGAUGAUGGGCAGAGGGCUCACCAAAGAUUCCUGCCUAGAAUGGGAGAAGAGACCUAAAAGCCAACAGUUGCCACCAACAGAGGCCUUUUCUGGGAAGGAGUUACCCAGCAGCAUGAACCUGACAAGAUCCGCAGUAGAUGAUUGCUGGCAUUCUACCAUAGCAGACGACUGGGAAUCCGGGGAUGAGUCAGAGAAGCAGGAGAUGCACGGUCGCAGUUUGGGGCCAAUGGAACAUAAACAAGGGCAAGUAGUGACCCGGGAUGGGGAUUGGGGAAAUGCUGAGGUGGUGGGAGAAUGCAGCUUCAAUUCAGACUUUGUUUCUUCACAGAGGUUUCUUGUCAAAGAAUAUUUCCAUCAAAUUGACUCAAUUCAAAGCUUACAGCAUAAUUUUAUUUUAAAAAAUCAUCAGGAAAUCUUAGUAGGGAAGAAACCUUGUAAAGGCAAUCCAUGUGGAAGAGCCUUGGAAAAACUGUCUCAUUUGAACAAGCAUGGAAAAUAUACCAAUCAGAGCGUACACCUUUCUACACAUGAGAUAAUUAAUGUAGGAGAGAAAGUCUAUGGAUGUAAAGAAAGUGGAGAUUUUUUUACCUAUAGUUCACCCCUCUCUCAGGCCAUGAGAACUCAUACUAAGGAGAAACCCUAUGAAUGUAAUGAAUGUGGGAAGUCUUUCUGGCAGAGCCUUCACCUCAUUUUACACCAGAGAACUCACACUGGUGAGAAACCUUAUGAAUGUAAUAAAUGUGGAAAAUCUUUUAGCCAAAAUUCUCACCUUAAUGUACACCGGAGAAUUCAUACUGGAGAGAAACCCUAUAAAUGUGAUGAAUGUGGAAAAUCCUUCAGUGGAAGGUCUAAUCUUAAUGUGCAUAAGAGAACACAUACUGGAGAAAAACCCUAUAAAUGUAUUGAAUGUGGGAAAGCCUUUAGUGAUCGCUCCUCAUAUACACAACAUGAAAGGACGGACACUGGAGAGAAACCAUACAAAUGUGAUGAAUGUGGAAAAGCCUUUAGUCACAGCUCUCACCUUACAGUUCACAAGAGAAUCCAUACUGGUGAGAAGCCAUAUAAAUGUAAUGAAUGUGGGAAAACUUUCAGUUUUCAUUUAUCCUUCACUCAACAUAAGAGAACACACACUGGAGAGAAACCAUAUAAAUGUCAUCAAUGUGGGAAAGCUUUCAAUCAAGGUUCUAAUUUUAUUGGGCACCAAAGAACUCAUACCAGAGAGAAAAAACUACAUAUUUCAUUUUAAUAUAUAAAAACUGUACACAUACAUUUAAAUUUUGUGGUUUUUUGGCGCAUUCCCAGAGAAGGGCUGAACAUCCGUGGCAUUUGGUACCUAGGAAAAUUUUUUAAUUAGUGUGAUCAAAACUCACUUCACGGGGCACCUGGGUGGCACAGCAGUUAAGCGUCUGCCUUUGGCUCAGGGCGUGAUCCCGGCGUUAUGGGAUCGAGGCCCACAUCAGGC